CGCUGACAACGAUUCCCAGUCUACUCUCGGCAAUAUAUCGGCAAUAUAUCGGUUAAGGGACAGAGAAGAGAAGAGCGCGGUAGGAAAGGAAGGGAAAGGUAGGCGAUCGAGAAAAGCGCUUUACUAAAGAAGAAUCGGUUGGCUUGACGGUCGUGAGCCGACUGCCUGGUUCGUUUCGGCCUGGUGGAACGCUUCGGGGACAGAGUGCGCGAGCGGAAUGCUUAUUGCCGAUCGGUCGAGCCGAGCUAAACCGAGCUCGAAGAGCGGUCGAGUCGAGCCGAACCGAGCUCGAAGAGCGGUCGGGCCUGCGUCGCCGCCGUAUAACUCGGUGAUUUCGCCUGGAGCUUAUUUAUUUCGAACCUGAAACUCGCCGCGGCAACCACGUGUUACGAUUGCAGCUGCGAGUCAAGUAAGUCGGAGACUGUCUUCUAUUACGACAACGCUUUUCUGUUCGAUCGCGGUAGCAUCAAUCGAACGAACAUUAAGCAACGUUCGUUAAGAGGAAACAGAGCAAAGAGAAAAGAAAAUAAAUAUAAAAAAGAAAUAGAGAGCGCGACUGGGGGAAAGGAAAAAGGACGACGCGAGUCGUCGCGAACGUCAAACGAAGAAAAAAAGAAGCAAAGUGGAGAAAGAAGGAAAGAGAAAGGCGCAGAGAUACGCUGUGUAUUGUAUGAGCGUCGGUGUUCGGGAAACUUGCUCGAAUUCUUUUUUACAGAAUCAGUGCGCUUCGUCGGUACAUCGAACUUCUUCUAGAAGCUACGAUACGAUAGCCGCGGACGCUUUCGCGCCGAACUUAUCGAUUUUUCCUUUAGCUCAGUUUAAGGGCAGUCUGUUUCAGUGUUGUGCGUGACGAUCGUUUAGCUUCGGAAGAAGGAGAAGAAGAAGAAGAAGAAGAAGAAGAGGACAAAGGCGAAGAAAAAGAGAAAGAAGAAGAAACAAGAACCGAAGGUCUCGUUUGUAUUACACCGAAUCUUUGACCCGAACAACAUAUACUCUGUGAUAUACUUCGUCAGAAUCUUUACUACUCUGUGAUUUGUGAUUUGUGAUAACGAUAUUUAUUAUUUUUACGAGGACUUUUAGAUUUAUUCCAGCCCCAAUUCCUGUAAUAUAUUUCAAAGGUCACCGCAUUUAAUCGAGUACUAACGGUGAUUAGGGACACAUUGUGAAGACCUACGCGGACCAGAGAGCCAUCGGAAAUUUAAUCGGUCUUUGGAUCAGCGACAAGAAAGGAAAGAGAAAGAUAAGGAGCGCUGCAGCAGAAGAAACUGUUUUCAACUUGUUUCAAAGAUUACACGGCACGUUUUACGAAACGAAGUGAUUAACGAUAAACAGCUUAGGUUUCGAUAAGGCUGGCAUACAUUGUACAGCCAGUAAGGGAACGUGCGACGAGAAGGACAAGCUAAGUCAAAUCGAUCGUGUACUUUUGAUUAAAAACGGCGAACAUUCGACUCAUUUUCGACCGGAAACUCGUGCGAGAAAGCGAGGAUCAGCUUGGAUCGAACGCGUCGGUUGCUGAGAAGAAAGCGAGAAAGAAGUUUCUCGAAGCUUGGUUACCGCUGUCGCUGGUGCUGAGUGCUGACUCUACCGGAACAUAGAAGGUAGGGGUUUCUCAGUAAAAACGAACCCGAUCGGUUCUGUGCAUCGUUCCUUCAGCAGGAAGCUCUAUCUAUCGUGUUCGUAUAGGUCACGGUUUUACAUGCCCGUACGUUUUAUAGCUUACGGACAAUUCGUUCAACUGCACGGUGAGUCAAAUCGCCGAAAAUAAAUCAGGAAACGGCCAGGGGACCGUAAAUAGCUUGCCGAUAUUCUCGACCAAUUUCCUCGAAGCACGCGCCGAUCGAAGGAUUUUACAUUCGCUGGCGUGGAACCUUGAGCGAUCGAUCCGUAGAUCCUGGGACCUUGAUUUUGAACUUCGACAGAGAAGAAUAUACAAGCCAAACGUUGUAACAGUUCCUUCGAGCAAAAAGAAGCUCAGAAAAAGUUUCCACGUAACCGUCGAUAAAAAGCACAGAGAGAAAUCAUCGGCCCCCUCCUUUCUCUCGAUAAAAUAUACAAGUAACAAGGAGAGUCGCGGAAUUUCGACCGAACGAAAUAAUAGAUUUACCAGUACGUUUGUUUUCAUUGGGAAUCGAGUUAGAUUCGAAACGGCACAAGUUCGUACGGUACGAUACUCCUGGUGAGUAGUGGCGGGAAGAAAAUACAGCGACUGAAGGAGAGAAGUUUCUCGAAGCUUGGUUUGCCGCGCGCUGACUGUGCUCUAAACUCGCUCGAAAAGGAGAAACACGAGCGGGCAAGGAAUACGACGGAGAAGGUCUUACAAGAAAGAAAGAAGCCGAUGGGUGUGCGCCAUCUCUGAGAACGAGGAAGAGAGAAACGAAAUCGUUGCUGCCGUAACCCGGGACAGAUUUAAAAGGACCACGUGCUCCACUUAGGUCCUCCCCUCCCCCGUUCCGAUAGAAACUACAGUGCAAACUUUCAAGGCGAAGAGGAAGCUAGAACAGGAUCCACAGGGGACGAAAGGAAACGGAGGAAAAGGCUGGGGAUAAGGAACAGGAUUAACUACGAUCGAAGUUGAACGAAAGGAAAGAAAAGCCGACUGUUGGAAAAAAGGAACGAGAGCGGGUCGAACAAAAACGGAGAAGUAAAUUGGUUACGACGGAGUGGAAUAUAAAAGAUAGAAAGAUAGAAAGGAAAGCAAGGUACGAGUAUAUACCAUUGCAGUUGAAGAUGGCAAAGGGCAAACCGUUAACGGUCUCGGAGCGGCGGGUGAACGACGUGUUCGACGAAGAAUCGAUAGCGGUACGAUCGCGAUGGCGAAAUUUCGCCGCCUUCUGGAUACUCGGACUCUGCAACAAUUACGGAUACGUGGUGAUGCUUAGCGCCGCGCACGAUAUACUUGAGAGCAAAUUCGGCACGACGAUGGAACCUAUCAUGGAAUUCACGAAUGGCACCGUGACGGCCACCAACACCACCGGGAUUCGAUCCUGCAACACAUUGUCCACUGGUGCCAUAUUGCUAGCGGAUAUAUUACCAUCGUUAGCGGUGAAAACGAUCACGCCGUUCCUGCCUUUUUACGUACAUGCUCGACUGGCUACCUGUGUGUUAUUUUCCGCUGCAGGAUUCCUUAUGGUGUCGUUGAGCACUACUGAAUGGCUCGCCAUUCUGGGCGUCGUUGUAACGUCACUCUCUUCCGGUUUGGGAGAAGUUACUCUGCUGAGUUACAGUCACCAAUACCCCAAACAAGUAAUCGCGACAUGGUCUUCCGGUACUGGAGGCGCCGGAAUAAUUGGCGCGCUAUCUUAUGCCUCUCUCACCAUGUGGUUGAGUAACGAAGACACAUUGUUAGUUAUGUUAAUCGUACCGAUUAUACAAGGAAUCACUUUCUGGUUGGUUCUGGUUCACCCGCCGCAGUCCAGUAUCCCGAUCACUAAGAACGGUAUCGACAGUCAAGAGCACAUCAUUGAGAUCCCUAGGAAGAGCUUUAAAGAAAAGAUCAAUCUGGUACCGGGAUUGAUGAAGUAUAUGAUCCCGCUUGGGCUCGUGUACCUCUUCGAAUAUUUCAUUAACCAAGGAUUGUACGAGCUGAUCGAAUUCGAUGACAUUUGGUUGACGCACGCUGAGCAAUAUCGCUGGCUCCAGGUGGAUUAUCAGAUAGGAGUGUUUAUCUCAAGAUCGUCCGUCAAUCUCGUCACGAUUAACAAAAUCUGGAUCAUGGCUUUGUUACAGUUUAUCAAUGUCAUAAUUCUACUGUUCGAGACGCUGUUCUACUACUUGCCCAGUAUUUGGAUCGUGUUCGCGUUCGUUUUGUGGGAGGGCCUUCUUGGUGGUGGAGCAUACGUGAAUACUUUUUAUCGAAUGUCUACCGAGAUUCCAAGGGCGGAUCGUAAAAUUUCCUUGGGAAUUGCCACGAUGGCCGAUUCCAUUGGAAUCGCGUUGGCAGGAUGGUUGUCUAUGCCGGUUCACAAUGCCAUUUGUAGACUGCCACAACCGUCUCGAGUGGGAAGCUAGGAGACAAACAUAAGAUAGUAUUUAACAACGGUCAUGCGAAUAUAAGUAGGGUCGUGACGCCGUGAUACAUACGUUAUUUAUUACCGAAUCUUCUUCGACACGCCAUCAUGGCUUCGAUAAUGUUGAUAACUGACGUAACGUGGUUCGUACAUCAUUCCGGUUUCUAGCCAUUAUUAUGCUACCGUCAAUUAUUGUAGCAAAACGCGAUUAGUAUCGCCAUGAUCAAGCUUGAUACCUCGUUUGCAUUAACUUCGAAAACAUAGAAUUUAUUCGAUGCUGCUCGUCGAUUGAAAUUCCAUCGAAUUGGAAUCAUGGACGAUGCUUAAAAAUUAGACUACGAUUCGACGGAAAGACGUAUUAUCGAUACCGAUGUUCCUAAGUGAAAAAAAGCAAGAAAUUUAACUCGCUAGAUUAUAAGUUCGAUCCUUCUCAGAUUUAUUUGGUACAAAUAUUUAAAGAAUUAGGAACAGAAUUGUUUUACGAUUAGUUUGAUUUCGUUUCGCAGUGCGUUUCUUUUUCCUUAACGGAAAAGAAGAGCAAAAAGCAGCGAAUCGCGCAGCAGGGAAACCAGAAAUUGAAUAUAGACGAGGAAAUCUCGCCUCGAUUUACGCGUCAACAGCAUUCGAUCUCUGUUGUCGAAUAUCGCGGCGCUACGCUUUCGUAAACGCGACCUAAAAUUUUCUGACUAUGGGCUACGCGUUUCAUUGUGCGUUCUUAGCUAAUAGGUUUAUACGUCGUUUAACAAUUGAUCGUAACAAGAACGACCACCAGUAUUCGUAGUUAGCGUAACACAUCGAUUUUCGUCAUGCGUUAUAGGCGCAUUCGAUGAACGGGACAGCGUUCGAUUUACAAUAUUUUUAUUGUUCAUGCACGACUCGUGUCCAUAUGUUAAAUACCGUUUCAAAAAUAUUGCUGACGAGAUUAUCUCGGUUUAUUUCGUUUUUCGACGAAUUUCGUAUUUCGCUUGGCCACGUCACGAUAUCAUAACACGAGUUGUGCGUUGUGUUUCUAAAAAUUAUUUCCUUUUUUUUGCAAAACCAAAGUCGUCAAAUCGACUUUUAAUCAUGGUCGAAAUUUCAAACAUUCCUCGUUAAAAGGAUAUUUGUUGAAACACGAGAGAGUGUUAAUUAGAAGUAUUAUAAUAUCAAGUCGCAGAGUAAAUACGGUAGGACCGGAAAUUUCGACGAACGAUUCUUCGUCGCCGUUAUGGUCGAGAAAGGUCCUUUCCAUUCUUCUAGCAAAAUAAUUCGCCUUUUCCUAAAUACAUAUUGUAUAUGUGAUAUACCGAUAAUACUGAUUCCUACAUUUAUUUUGAGAUAUAAAUAUAUAUAGUAUAUAUAUAUAUUUAUAUAUGAAAUAUUAUAUUGUUUAUUACGCUGUAAUAUAUAUAUAUAUAUAUUAUAUUUAUCGUUGUAAAAUUGGAACUGCUUGUGACGCGUUCUAAAAUGAAUGUUCUGCGGUUCGCGGUUCUCCUAAUUUUAUUUCAUCGUAUUUUAUUUCUUUUCUUUUCUUUUUAUUACAAGGAAAAUAAAUAAGAGAAAGAACGAAUACAACAGAAAAGCGUGAAAAACAAACGAAAUCGAAAUAUUGUUCAAAUAUGUAACUUGUUGUGAAUAUGUUCGAAAUAAACGAUAAAAAUUCUUUUUCGAAA